AGAUCACGCCUGUGGCAAGGACCGGAGCCGAACGGUUCGCUGCGCGCUGCGCAGAAGAGCGGCGGGAGCGCCCGGCUUACUGUCGCCUAGCCCAGCCUGUUCCUGCGCGCGACUGGCCGAGGACCCCGGACAGCAGAGGCCCAGGACGACCGAGCUGAUGGCGUCUUCGACCCCUUCUUCGUCCGCAACCUCCUCGAAUGCGGGAGCGGACCCCAAUACUACCAACCUGCGCCCCACAACAUAUGACACCUGUGCGGCGUGGCCCAUGGAUUGCACCAGAAAACUGGGGCUCAAGAUCUGCGGCUUCCUGCAAAGGACCAACAGCCUGGAAGAGAAGAGCCGGCUUGUGAGCGCCUUCAAGGAGAGGCAGUCCUCCAAAAACCUGCUUUCCUGUGAAAACAGCGACAGGGAUGGACGCUUCCGGCGCACGGAGACGGACUUCUCCAACCUGUUUGCUCGAGAUCUGCUUCCGGCUAAGAACGGGGAAGAGCAAACUGUGCAGUUCCUACUGGAGGUGGUAGACAUACUCCUCAACUAUGUCCGCAAGACAUUUGAUCGCUCCACCAAGGUGCUGGACUUCCAUCACCCGCACCAGCUGCUGGAAGGCAUGGAGGGCUUCAACUUGGAGCUCUCUGACCACCCUGAGUCCCUGGAACAGAUCUUGGUUGACUGCAGAGACACCCUGAAGUAUGGGGUUCGUACAGGUCACCCUCGAUUUUUCAACCAGCUCUCCACUGGACUGGAUAUCAUUGGUUUAGCUGGCGAAUGGCUGACAUCAACUGCCAAUACCAAUAUGUUUACAUAUGAAAUUGCACCAGUAUUUGUCCUCAUGGAGCAAAUAACACUUAAGAAGAUGAGGGAGAUAGUUGGAUGGUCAAGUAAAGACGGUGAUGGGAUAUUUUCUCCUGGGGGAGCCAUCUCCAACAUGUACAGCAUCAUGGCCGCUCGCUACAAGUUCUUCCCGGAAGUUAAGACAAAGGGCAUGGCAGCUGUUCCCAAACUGGUCCUCUUCACCUCAGAACAUAGUCACUAUUCCAUAAAGAAGGCUGGAGCUGCACUUGGCUUUGGAACCGACAAUGUGAUUUUGAUAAAGUGCAAUGAAAGGGGGAAGAUAAUUCCAGCUGAUUUAGAGGCAAAAAUUCUUGAAGCCAAGCAAAAGGGAUACGUUCCCCUUUAUGUCAAUGCAACUGCUGGUACAACUGUUUAUGGAGCUUUCGAUCCGAUACAGGAGAUUGCAGAUAUAUGUGAGAAAUACAACCUGUGGCUACAUGUCGACGCUGCCUGGGGCGGUGGGCUGCUUAUGUCCAGGAAGCACCGCCACAAACUCAGUGGCAUAGAAAGGGCCAACUCAGUCACCUGGAACCCUCACAAGAUGAUGGGCGUGCUGUUGCAGUGCUCGGCCAUCCUCGUCAAGGAAAAGGGUAUACUCCAAGGAUGCAACCAGAUGUGUGCAGGAUACCUUUUCCAGCCAGACAAACAGUAUGAUGUCUCCUAUGACACUGGGGACAAGGCAAUCCAGUGUGGCCGCCACGUGGACAUUUUCAAGUUCUGGCUGAUGUGGAAAGCAAAGGGCACAGUGGGAUUUGAAAAUCAGAUCAACAAAUGCUUGGAGCUGGCUGAAUACCUCUAUGCCAAGAUUAAAAACAGAGAAGAAUUUGAGAUGGUUUUCGAUGGUGAGCCUGAGCAUACAAAUGUCUGUUUCUGGUAUAUUCCACAAAGCCUCAGGGGCAUUCCAGAUAGCCCUGAACGACGGGAAAAACUACACAGGGUGGCCCCCAAAAUCAAAGCCCUGAUGAUGGAGUCUGGCACGACCAUGGUUGGCUACCAGCCCCAGGGGGACAAGGCCAACUUUUUCCGGAUGGUCAUCUCGAACCCAGCUGCUACACAGUCCGAUAUUGACUUCCUCAUCGAAGAGAUAGAAAGACUGGGCCAGGAUCUGUAAUUGCCCUCCAUAGAACAUGAGUUUAUGGGAAUCCCCUUUCCUUCUGGCAUUCUAGAAUAACCUCUAUAAAUUGCCAAAACACAUAGGCUAUUUCACUGAGGGAAAAUAUAAUAUCUUGAAGACUACUGUUUAAACAUUACUUAAGCUUGUUCUAGUAUGUAGGAAAUAAUGUUCUUUUUAAAAAGUUGCACAUUAGGAAUACAGUAUAUAUGUACAGUUAUAUAUACCUCUCUCUGUAUAUGUAUAUGUAUGUAUAGUGAGUGUGGCUUGGUGAUAGAUCACAGCAUGUGUCCCCCUCCAAGAGAAUUAACUUUACCUUCAGCAGCUACUGAGGGGCCAAACAUGCUGCAAACCUGCUUGCCCAACAACCCCAGGGAAAGAUGUUUUUCAACAUGUUGUGUCAUAGGGACCAAGGGACAUACUGUUGGUGAGAGUUGACUUUGUUGUCAGUGUUUCUCCUAACUAAAGUGAUGACAGAUGAGACAAAGUGCCACUAGAUGACAAGAGUCACACCCUCCCCAUUAGUAUCCUGUGAGGGGAAAAUUGUAGCAGAGUCAUUGUUACAGGUGUACUGUUGCUGUAUUUUUAGAGACUAAUUUGUGUAGAUUGUGUAUAUUUCUGUUGUCUGACCUUUGGGGGGUAGGGGAAGAACACAUGUAAUGGUUUCAAUGACUGUUUAAAUUGUAGGUAAAUGAAAUAAUUGCUUAUUUAUAUUCAGAGAUUUACCAUGUUAAAGAGGCAUCUUGUAUUUUCUUCCCAUUUGUAAUGUAUCUUAUUUAUAUAUUAAUGCAGUAAGUUCAGAAAACUGUUUAUGGUAUUUUCGUGCAUUUGUGAGCCAAAGAAAAAAGAUUAAAAUUAGUGAGACUUGUAUUUAUAUUAGAGUGCCCUUAAAAUAAUGAUUGAAGCCUAAGUUUACUAUCUGUAAGAGAAUUCUGAUACUGUACAUAGAAUCAUCUAUACGGAAAUCCCAUUACUUAAAUAGCAUCUGGUCUUCUAUUACUCUC